UAGAUCAUGAAUAGACCGAUUGAUGUUUGUGGACCUACGCAGCGACACAAACAACGCUGCGUGAAAUUUUAACGGUAUCAAGUUGGCCUGGGAACACGAAUACUCAAAAUCUGUCUCGUCGAUACAUGCAAAGCAAGUCAUUACGAGUCUGAGCAUUAUUUGAAACUUUACAUCCAGUUUUUGAGCAUAGAGCUGAAUAGUGGUUGAAGCAUUGCAAGGAGCGCCAAGAUCUGGGUUGUCGAUCACUUCAAGUUAGUAAAGUCACUGUAUAGAAUCAAGAUGUUCAAGACGAGAAUCAUGUUCUACCAUCUGUGUGUCCUGUUUGUCCUUUUUUCCUGCCUGGCGACUACCCCUGCGGCAGCUACAACCUGUGGUCAGUUGUGUCACUAUGUCCCCUGGGCCAGAGAUGCAGACUGUUCCAGCAGACACCUACGCCGUAUUCCAGAGGAGUGCGUUGGCUCGAAGGCUCUGAACUUGAACAGGAACAACAUUUCGGAGGUUCCUAGCAGAGUUUUUAGUCCUUUCCAUCAUUUGAAGUAUCUCCAGAUAUUGGGAAGCCAAGUUAGAACGGUACAGGCAAACUCUUUCGGCGGAGCUAAACGGCUGAAAAGCAUCAAUCUCAUGUUCAAUGUCAUCACUGUACUACCAGAACACUCCUUGAACGAUACGGAUAGCCUGAGAUGGGUGUAUCUGACAGGUAACCGGAUCCAGACAAUAGCGUCGGGGGUCUUUCAGGAAGUACCUCAGAUUGAGAUGCUGUACUUGGAUGACAACCAGUUGGAUCACCUGGAUGAGGGUGUCUUCCAGGGUCUAUCUAAAUUGCAACGACUGCUUUUGGGUGGCAACAGACUACAGGAAAUCUCAGGCAGCACAUUCAGAGGUGCUGCAGGACUAAAAUACAUCGACCUCUCAAGGAACCAGCUCCGCGUACUGUCAAGGGACACGUUCCAAGGUCUGAGGAACUUGAAGACGAUCAAUGUAGCCUCCAACGGAUUGACAAGCAUAUCUGCAGGUACCUUUUCCUUCAGCGAGCUCACCUCCCUCAACAUCUCAAGCAACGACCUGACUACCCUUCCUUUGGAACAGCACGAACUUGCCUCCCUGGAUGAGAUAGACGCUAAGGGUAAUCCUUGGAAUUGUGACUGUUCCUUGGACCACUUCCGAGAGACUUUAAUAUCGAUUUCCAACAACAAAGGAGUGACGUGUAAACAGCCUUCCUCAAGGGCUGAUACAAACAUUGUCUCCUACACCAGUCUCUGCAUCGCUCCUACGCCGCGUAUUCCAGACAUAACGGAGAAGCCGAAAAAGUCCUUCCAGAUGGGACCGGAUACCAAUGAGGAGGAUCCAGAAGUAGAACAAGUUGCUCCCUCUGGAGGAUUUCCUCCAGAGAUCAUAACGCUCAUCGUUGUAUUAACCAUUGCCUCCAUAGCACUCUUUGCCAUCGCUUUGUUCCUUGCCGUAUUCGUUGUUCGUCCUGUGCUUCAAAGAAGACGUAACAAGAAACUUGAAAUGACGAAAGAUGAAAAACCCAAACCUCAGCAAGUGUGAACGAUUGAAAUACUUGUUGUUUACGUCGCGUUUACGGAUGCCUUACAUGAGGGCAAACUGAUGUGUGUAUGAUGCAAGAUGUAUCCUAAAACUUGUCAGAAAAGGAAUAACCACCACUGGAAUAUGUUUGGAGUGAAAUUGACCGUGCAUAGCUUAGUAUUUAACUAACUGUGAAUUUUUCUACUCGGAUUGCAUAUAUUUCUUAUCAGUUUUAUCAUUUGUUUCGUUUUCUUUCACACUCUCACAUUGAAAGGACAUUUACAUGCCUAUCAACUGUAUUCAAAAUGAUGUAUUGGCUAGUUAUACAUGCAUACAAUGAUUUAUUGCCAGUUAGGGACUAAUAAUGACAUUAAUCUUUAACUUAAACAUAUGUAGGUAUAAAAUUGAGCUGUACAUACAAUUUAGAAUGUACGAAGAAAGGAAGUAUACAUUUUAUAGAUUUAUUUUUAUAUACCUUUGUAAAGGACGAUAAUAUUAAAAAAACGUUGAGUUUAUUGUUUCUUACCCUUAUUUUGGGGAUUAGUCCAUUCUGGCCUGUUAAACGUCCUUGUAAGACAUUUCUUUUUCUAGAUAUUUCUUUUAUGUUUUCAUUUCCGUCUGAUCCUUUUCUAUCCAUUUAAUAUCCUUUCUUUGCAAGCUGUAACUCGAUCUUUUCCCUUUGUCUCUUGUUCCAUUUCUUUCUUUUUUCAGUCUCUUUCGUCCCUUUCCCAACUUUUACAUCUUGCCUUUGACAUGGCCCUUGGAAGCGGGGUAGCUGUAGCACCCUCAAGAGUUGUCUGGCUGUGCUUGACAGGCAGCACCUUGGGCAGCACCCCUUGAAAUAAGGUUGUUUUACUGAAGUAACGCAGUUUGUAUUAUGUGCAAUGUUUAUUAACUAUUCAUUAUAAGUUUAUCACUUAUGUAUAAAAGUUUGAUUAUCGAAAUCAAAUAAAAAGAUUUUAAAACGAA